AUGAGUGGACUUAGUAAAGAAAAUUAUUUAAAUCGAAUAAUUCCUCCUGGUGUAAAAGUGAAAGAUAUACCAAUAGUGAGAGCAACAAACGAGUCGUUAAAGGAUGUUGGAUAUCUGAUUACUUCUCCAAAUGAUGUUACUAUACAAAAUGGUAAAUUUGAUAUAGUUCCAUGGCCUACAAAAGGAUGGAGAGCACUUGACCCAAAUACAGGAAAUGAAGCUGGAACAACUGAAGGAUCGAUGGAUAUUUAUUGGGAGGAUGAUCGUUUAUAUGGAAAAAAUCAUGCUAUAGCUACUGAUUCUAAUCACUAUUUACUUGGAUAUGGAAAUUUACCAACGGAAUCUACAUCAUUAUCUGACUCAAAUAAAAGUAAAUCAUCGGAUAUUUCAUCUGUUUUUCUUUGGUAUUCCGAUUAUCAUCCUGAUGGCGGUCAGCUGUUCUUUCCCACCAAUGGUAAACCAUUCAUUUCAAAUCUAGCUCCAGCUGUUGGUGAUGAUAUUACACCUGAUCAUUUCACUGCUUUUUAUGUAAGUGAGGGGUAUGGUUUAUAUAUUUAUCCAGGUGUAUGGCAUAAUGCUAUUUAUAUACAUCCAUCUCAUUCUCCAGUCUCCUUAUUUGGUCGUCAAGGUCGUAUCCAUGCUCGUAUAUCUGUUGACUGGGUGAAAGAAUUUAAUACUGUUUUACGUGUUCCUCUCACUAUUGCAGAUAACAAAUAA